UGAGAGAGAGAGAGAGAGAGAGAGAGAGAGAGAGAGAGAGAGAGAGUGGAGGCGUACAGCUAUGCACAGACCGUGUCGUGGCGUUAUAUUGCCAUUACGCGCUAUUACGCACUGACAGCUACUUUGGAGAAAAGAGCGCUCGGAGCGGCAGAGCGGCAUCUCGGAGUCCUCACAUGCAGAGGAAGAAGGAAGUUUUUCAUUAGCAUUCGGCACAGCACAGUCCGGCAGCCAUUCAUCCGCACAGGAAUGGUGGAUCAUUUGUCACUUGGUGAGGAGACCUUCCUGUAUUAUACCGGCUCCCCGGGCUCUGACUACAACUGCAUCUGUCGCCACGCCAAUGGUGGCGUGUUGCCGGGUAUCAUGGUAACCGAUGCAUGCAUCUAUGAUCACCAUCACCACCCCUACCAAGGAGUGGCACUCUCCUCCUCCCCUCACCUCUCUGAGGAUGACCUCAGUGACUCCUCCAGCCCUCGUUCCUCCCUCUGCUCCAGCCCUGAGUCCUCGUCGCCGACGUUGCGGCAUGUUCUCGACUCCAGCUAUGACAGCAGGAGCAGCAGGAGCAGUGGGAGCUGUAGCUCCUCAGGAGGAGAGAGUCAAGACAGCCUGCUGGACCUCCUCCUCUCGCAGGCCUCCCUCACCACCUCAGUAAGCGCCAAUGCCAACAGCAGCUGUCAUUCUUCGUUUCUAUCUUCCUCCCUGUCCCUAUCCUCCCCACCCUCUUCUUCCUCCUCAUCUGCCCCUCUUUUACCCAUGGGCCUGGCCUGGGAGUCAAAAAGGGAGCAGCGGCUGAGUCUCCUACAGCAGCAGACGAAAGAGGACUGUUACGAGUUCCCCGUCUUCCUGGAAGAACUGCAGGACCCCGCGGCGCUCCUCUUUCAGCCCACCCUAGAGGAGAUUGAGGAGUUCCUGGAGGAGAACAUGGUGGUGGCAAUGGAGAAAGAAGAAGAGGAGGGCAGCGAUGAGGGGAUGUCGACAACAUCAGAGGAUGCAGAGGCGGAAAGUUCAAGGACGUUAGUAGGAGAACUCGUCUCAGUCUCACAGAACUCAGAUCAGACUGUGCCUGUGGCUCGUUCUCCACUCUCCUCCUACACAGAGACCAAACACACAGCAUGUGCAUCUGACAUGGACGGCUCGCCGUCCGCGGUGGAUGCUCGUUCUAUGUCUACAUCUGCUUCUAGUAGUAGUGGAGUUGAUGAGAUCAAACAGGAGGACUGUGGUUCAUCGCCAGCCUCAUCAGAGGGUACCAGCGGUGCCUCCAGCGUGCCUGUCAUCCUACAAAUCCAGCCCAUACAGAUCAAACAAGAGCCCAACCCUAGUGCCAUAUCAGACGCUGUCACCCAGCAAGCCCAAACCCAGCAAACCGAGUCACAGCCGACACAGACGACGUCGGAUAUCAAAAUCGCCCAGCUCCUGGUCAACAUCCAGGGGCAGACCUUUGCCUUGGUGCCUCAGCUGCUUUCCCCGGCAAACGCGGCCGGCUCAAGCAAGAACAGAAGCGCCGUUGCAUCCAAGUUUGUCCGGAUCGCGCCGGUGCCCAUUGCCGCAAAACCCAUCGGGGUUGGGGAAGGCGGUUUAGGUGGAGGUUCAGCUGCAGGGGUCCUCACAGGAGGUCAGAGGUACCAGAAGAGUGCAGUAGCAGACCUUAUUAAAAUGCACAAGUGCUCCUUUCCCGGCUGUAAUAAGAUGUACACCAAGAGCAGCCACCUUAAAGCCCAUCUGAGGAGGCACACGGGGGAGAAGCCCUUCGCCUGCACGUGGCCCGGCUGUGGAUGGAGGUUCUCCCGCUCCGACGAGCUGUCCCGACACCGGCGCUCCCACUCCGGAGUGAAACCGUACCAGUGCAUCGUCUGCGAGAAGAAAUUUGCCCGCAGCGAUCACCUGUCGAAACACCUCAAAGUCCAUCGCUUUCCACGAAGCAGCAGGACAGGGCGCUCUGCAAACUGACUCCUCUGACCCCACUCUGACGGACUGACGCUGAGCAGAAAGGGGGGUGGCAGGAGGGGCCCGCGUUCGUGUGUUUGUGUGCGCCGAAAGACAGAGGAGGGGGUGAAAGUCCAGACACCUUUUAAAGGGGGUCUGUGCAGGACUCUUUAGCCUGUGCGUGUGUUUAUGCUCAAGCAUGUACGCGUGACGUACAUUCAUGGUACUGUGAUAAUUUAUUGGGUGGCGAGGAAAAGACUGUAAAAACUGAACUAGAGCAGAAAACUGUUACUUGACACAACACCCUCACAGGUGCAAUAAGCUUCUUGUAUAUUACAACUUUUUUUUUUGUCACACUCAAAUAUUUUAGCUAAUCUAAUUUGAAGAAAAUUGAAUUUGCUAUUCAGAGUAUUUUUACACUUUGAGGUAUGUGUUGUUGUUAUUGCAGCCAAAAGCCUAAUAUCAAUAAAAUUUGCAUCACUAAAGGGUCUGCUACUACUUAAAACAGCCAGUUUUUUUUUUACCUUCCUAGAGCCAAAUGUUUCGAAGUAAUAAUGACAAAAAGUCACCGCUUAAUGGCGAUGAGGUGUGGUUUUUUUUUCUUUGUGCUGACUGGACAUUGGGAACUAUUGGGGCCUUGCUUUAAUUCUUUCAGCAGAGUAAAUGAUGCAUCAACAUUCCUUUAGCUUUGAAGAAGCAACGUUAUUGCCUUUGAGUCUGGUUACAGGAAAAAAAGAAACACUUUGGAAACCUCAAACACAAUAACAAAGCUCAAGUUCGUGUUGAAUUACUGCUCACCAACAGAGAUUAUCUCACUAUGUAAUUUGCACUGGCACACAUGAAAUUUCUGGUUGUCCGCCCAAACAAAGUGUUUUGAGUAUUUUUGUAGCUGUAUUGUGGCCUGACUUGACUCUGCAACACCUUUUUGACUCGUCUGGUCGAGAGGCUGUUAAUCUCGACGUGUCAUUUUUAUGGCCCUUUUGGAUCAAAAUGAAUUCGGGGUGCAGUUCCAUCCAACACAAAAUAUUUCAAGCCAAGGUUGAAAACAAGUAUGUGUCUGUUGUUCUUUCUUUAGCUCAUCAUAUAUCACAACAUUUGUUUUCUGGCUUUGUUGUGUUGUUAUGUGAAGCCGUGUCAUUUAUUACUUCAUGUCACUUUAUUUACUUCAUAUCACUGCUGUGAAAAGCUACGCAGAAUAAUACAGGAUGGUGAAUCCACAUCGCUGAGCUGAAGCGAAGGAAAGGCUGGCGUCAGUGUGAGUCAGCCCAACACAUUUAUUCACGCUGGUCUUGAACCUGUCCCAUCUCUUGCCUCCGUUCCUGCUAAUUCAAGCCUCUUUUUUGCCUCUUCUUUCCACCGAUUAACUUCGACACAGACGAAUUUUCAAAUGAAGUGAAAAAGAUUUACAUGUGAAAUUUAAGUGUUUCUUUUUCUUUUAUGCAGUGUUACAAAGUGAAACACAGAGUUGAGCCCAGACCACCAAAACAGAUUCAUUAAAGCGGGCCUAUGUAGCUUCUGCUGAACAGCCCCUGCUGGAUAGGACAGAAUAGUGGUGAAUGGUAAAACGUAGCGUAACAGUUGCACAAGUAGAGAUGAGUUGGACAGCGUUGGCAAGAAAUUAGCAUUAGCGACCAUAAGCUACCGGGCAUACAAGUCAGGCUGUUGUAGCCGAACACCCGAGAGUACUGAAUUUAGUGUUUUUGCAGAAGAAAAAAAUAUAAACAUUUUGUACCUUUCUUGCAGAGUCAUCAGGUAAAAUAUGGCUCUGUUAGCUCCCACUGAAGCCUUUUCUCUUGCCAAAUCAAGUCUUUUUUCCUUCGUCCUUCCAUAAAUGAAUUACAUAAACUGAAAAAUGAAAUGGUUUGCAUAUCAAAUUUAACUGGAAUGUGCUUGUACUUGUUGCCCGUUUGUUGAGACUUGAAUUGUGUGCCGUUACUUCAUCAAAUAACAAAUUCAUAGGGAAUAUUUUGAGUCCUUUUCAUGUCAAGUAACGUCAUUUGUUACAGCAUAUUCAUCGAUCAUUUAAAAACCCCUGUUAUCUGUCCCUGACCUGAAACAUAUCAAAUCUCUUGCCAUAGAAUGAGAUGCCUUUGUCUUGCACUGUAAGGGAACAGUGACCAUUUUGCUUUUUUUCGUCGUAUUACACAUACCUGUAUAGAUUGCUUUAGCGUGUGUCAUUCUGCAUCUCAGCUGAAUUGAACCAAAUCAUGGGAGACACACGAAACGCCAGAGUCCGGAGAUGGUUUCCUGUGCCAUGAGGAUGACACCGUUCAGUUCUGAAACGGUCUGAAGAGAGGAAUGUUCGUGUGAAUUGGAGUUGAGUUGCUUUGAAAAUGUUUGAUUUGCUGAAAACUACAAUGAUUGACAAACCUUUUGAGAGUUCGGUACACAGCACCUGAAUGCGACACUGUAUGGAGGGAGUGUGUGAUCUCUGUCGAGCAUUCCUUCCAUACAAUCGGAAGAAACACUUUUCUGAAUGGGUGUCAUACGUGAGCCCACGAAUGUAUGUAAAUACUGUAUAUGCAUCUGAAAGGAGAACUGAGAUAUUCUUCUAGUGAUUUCUGUGAUUGAUUGUGAAAAGAUUUUUUUAAACUAUGUAAAGAAAGUGUACAUAACGUGAUAAUUCAAAUAUAUAGUGAAAAAUGUGGUAACUUGCUCUUUUGUCAGGUUUUUACACAACACAUUAUUAUAAGGCUCAUGAAAAGUUUCAUAAUACAUCCAUGGCUCAGCAUUUAUGAUGCAGUUUCCUCAUGUAUUUCGUAACAUUUUCUUGACUUGCACACCCACUUUGUCAGGUGCUCAUUGCAUAAUGGCACAAUGUAUUAUGAAACGUGUGAUGAGUUUGUUGUGUGCUCUGUAAACACAUGGCAAAGAAAGAGUUGCUUCAGAUCUUAUAUUUUUGCUUUUGUUCUUACGUAAAAAACACAUUUACAAUAAAAAAAAUCC